CAUAACAUCACUAGGUAAAGCGUUAGCUUUCACUUUUUUAUAUAAACUCACAAAAAGGAGCCUUUUUAUGCAAUCUUUUUUGUAGGACACAGAAAUGGCAGAAAGUGAACAUCAUGAGCAGUUCGUGUGUUCGAUCUGUUUGGAUGCUCUGAAGGAGCCUGUGACUAUUCCAUGUGGACACAGUUAUUGUCUGAUGUGUAUUAAUGACUGCUGGGGUCAGAAGGAGCAGAGACCACCGUACCGCUGUCCUCAAUGCAGAGAGAGCUUCACUCAGAGACCUCUGCUGAAGAAAAACACUCUUUUAUCUGAGAUGAUGGUGAAGCUGGAGAAGACGUCUCUGCACACGGCUUCGUGCUCUCAGGAGAACUCUUGUGUGGAGUGUGACGUUUGCACUACAGAGAAGAACAGAGCUGUCAUGUCCUGUCUGCAGUGUUUGGCCUCUUUCUGUGAAUGUCACCUGCAGCCUCACUAUCAGUCUCCUGUCUUCAUGAAGCACAAACUGGUCAAAGCCACCACACAAGUUCAAGAGAACGUGUGUGUUCAUCAUGGAAAACUAAUGGAGAUUUACUGUCAGGAUGACAACCAGUGCAUUUGUUACUUGUGCAUGAUUGACUUUCACAAAGGCCACAGUGUGGUAUCUGUGGAAUCUGAAUGGACAAAGAAAAAGAAAGCGUUGCAAAAAACAAAGGUGACAUGCACAAAGAUGAUCCAAGAUCUAGAGAGAGGUCAACAGGAACUCGGUGAGGUUGUGAAGACUUUUAAAAGCUCAGCUCAAGAGGCCAUGGAAAACAGUGAAAAGGUCUUUACUGAGCUCAUCCACUUUCUUGAAAAGAAAUGUUCCGAGGUUAAAGAGCGGAUCAGCGCUCAGGAGAAAGCCGAGAUGUAUCGAGCAGAAUAUCUUAACAGACAGUUGGGUCAAGAGCUGGCAGACCUCAGGCAAAGAGAUACAGAGAUCAGCAAGCUUCUUAAUACAGAUGAUCAGGUCCAUUUCCUGAAGAGUUUUCAGUCCGUGUGUGAUGUACCCAUAGUUCUAGAUCUUGUCAGCAUCACCCAGCACACUCAUCUGUCAUUUAAAGACAUUUCAAUCCCAACAAUGAAAAAGGCUUUGGAAGAUGUCUGUAUGCAGGAAACAGACAAAAUAUCUCAAGAAGUCUCAAAUGUUCACAUCGUGCACCUAUCACAACCUAAUAUUCGGAGUGAAUUUUUAAAAUAUUUUUGUGGGCUGCACCUGGAUCCAAACACUGUAAACAGCGAUCUCAUAUUGUCAGAUGGAAAUGUGACGGUGUCUAAUAUUUACAUGACUGUGGCGUAUCCAGACCACCCUGAGCGGUUUGAUGUUUAUGGCUAUGUCAUGUGCAGAGAGGGUUUGCGUGGCCGUUGUUACUGGGAAGUCGAGUGCCGUGGGGACAAUUGGUCUGUGGCAGUUUCCUAUAAAGGAAUUGGUCGUAAAGGAGCCGGUCAUGACUGUAGACUUGGCUUCAACAAGAAAUCCUGGAGACUUGGCUAUGAUGGGCAGAAUUUCUGUUUUGUACAUAAUAAAGCCCAGGUGCAUGUCCCUGCUGCUUCUAGAAUAGGUGUGUAUCUGGAUCACAGGGCAGGAAUUUUGGCCUUCUACAAAAUCUCUGAUACAAUGACCCUAAUACACAGAGUCCUGACCACUUUCACUGAACCACUAUAUCCUGCAUUCGGGAUUGCAGCAGGUUCAUCUGUCACAAUCUCAGGCAAGGAAAGAAUUCAGAAGGACCUGUAAUCAAGCUAAAGUGUAUAAUCAACAUAUUAUUAUGAAUGCACUUUUUUAUUUACCAUAAAAGUAAACACAUUUCUGUUAUGUUGAGAAGACCUAAAUACUGUCUGUAAGGCUUUGGUUUGUAAUUAUGAUACAAUAAAUUAAAUUUUCUGUUUGCUUAUUAAAUUCA